AAGCGUUUUUCUACAAGGUGGAACUUUUAGAUUACAGAAUUUGAUACCUAGAUCACGACUUUUUCUUCUUUUUAAUGUUUCUUUUAUAAACCGCUUCAUUGAUGUGGCUUUUUUUAGUUUAUUUCUGGAACUCCCGCACAGUUUAUACAUUUAAUUGAGAGUCAAAAAACAUUAUUUAAUCUUUAACAAAUUUGGUAUGAACGAAUAUAUUUUAAACAGGAGUUUUAAAACUCAAUCAAAUCAAAAACAAUGCUUAAUUUAUGGAAACGAAAACGAAAGCGAAAGUGACGAGCUUUCUAUAGAGCUCAAAGAAAUAUCGGAAAAAUUACCGCUAAUGAAACGAUACGGUCAAAGUUAUGAUCAGAAUACUAGUGAAAUGCAUACUACUAACUAUGUCCCAGUCACAAUGAUUACGGAGUCUAAUGUUGACAUAACUACUUUUGAAGAUAAUGAAGGACAAACAAAUAGCGUAAACACAAUGAAGCUUUAUGAGCAUACAACUUCAAUUGAUCCACAACAUAAUUUAUUUUCCAAUAGCGGUUCCGAAAAAAAUAAUAAUAAUUAUACGUUACUCGAUUUUAUUACCGCCAAAAAAAGUGUGUCCAAAGAAAAAAUUGUUUUAAAAGACUGCAAUGUUAAUAUUAACGGUAACAUGCCUUUAGUAAUGCAACCAGUUUUUCAGAGUUUUCAAAAACGAACACUUGUAAAACAAAACACGUCCAAGUUGUCGAUGCUACGUAAAUUCUUCAGCGCAGAACAAAAAGAUUCAAAAGAAAGUGUAGAGUUGCUGCCUAACACAGAAUUUUCAUUACUAACUAGUCCUUUUCAAGCAUACUUUCCAAGAUUGAUUAAAACGCAAGAAAUCACAAAAGAAAAUAACGGCCCUUGCGACAUACUCGGCUUAUCGAACUUAUCAAAUUUAACAAGCGUUUCUGACAAGAAGAAAAAAAAAUCGCUUGCAAUUGUUCUGCUAGCUUUAGCAAUUGAUGCAGAAUUAGACGAAUCAUUUUUUAAAGCAAUUGAAAAAUCCGAACAGUUAAUAAAAUUAAUGAGAACGAUAGCAAAAACAAACUUAUCUCGAGAUGCUUUUCAGCUCUUGAAACGCUUGUCUACUGAUUUCUAAUGUUUUUCAUUUAGAAUAUGAAAUUAUUUUGUUAAUGACAAUCUUGUUCUACAAAAAUAAAUUAUUUUAACAAUAAUAACAAUAAAGUUAUUUUAUUAAAAGAACUUGUUUAAAGAUAAAUCAAGACAAAGACAAACCGAGACAAAAAAUUUUUGUUUUGAGGCUAUAACAAGAGUUUAAUAUAUAUAUAUAUA